CUUUUCUCUUCCUUGAAGGUGGUGUCUCCUGGUUAGCUGCCGGUGGAGAGAGGCUUGUUGUUGUUCUUGAAGUACAAAAGAAAAUAUUCGCCUAAAAUGGGAACCAGGGAUGAUGAAUACGACUAUUUGUUCAAAGUCGUGCUAAUCGGAGACUCUGGAGUGGGGAAGAGUAACCUGCUGUCCCGUUUCACGAGAAAUGAAUUCAACCUGGAGAGCAAGAGCACCAUCGGGGUGGAGUUUGCCACCCGCAGCAUCCAGGUGGACGGCAAGACGAUAAAGGCUCAGAUUUGGGACACGGCAGGACAGGAGCGCUACAGAGCCAUCACCUCAGCGUAUUACCGAGGUGCCGUCGGGGCUCUCCUAGUGUACGACAUCGCCAAACACCUGACGUAUGAGAAUGUGGAGCGCUGGCUGAAGGAGCUGAGGGACCACGCUGACAACAACAUAGUCAUCAUGCUGGUCGGAAACAAGAGCGACCUCCGCCACCUCAGGGCCGUGCCCACCGACGAGGCUCGAGCAUUCGCAGAAAAGAACACUCUUUCGUUUAUUGAGACGUCAGCCUUGGAUUCAACUAAUGUAGAAGAAGCUUUCAAGAGCAUUCUCACAGAAAUCUACCGUAUUGUAUCUCAGAAGCAAAUUUCGGACCGAUCUGGACACGAGGACUCUCCCGGCAACAAUGUAGUCGACAUAAGUGUCCCCCCGACCAUGGACGGACAGAGAGGCAACAAGCUCCCUUGCUGCCAAAGCCUGUGACCCUCAGAUUUUCUUUUCCUGUUUGACUCCGUCAGUCUUUCCUCUUUUCACCUCUGCUUUCCUUCAGUGCUGCUGUCAUUACACCCUCAUGGGCUCAGAAGUCUCUGACACCAAGACUCUUGUAUUUGACAUUCCUGUUUGCUGUUGGUUUGUUUUUUCUCCGUUUGUCUUCCUCUGAUUAGAGAAGAACUUAAAAUACGUCACAACCUCAUGGUAGCCAGGGGAUGGAGUGUAGAGCUAUCAGGAGGUCAAUCUCGAAGCUGUAGUAAACUAUAAUUUUUAAACAAUGAUGCAUAGUAAACUAUAAGUAAGUACGUGAUGAUCCUAUUGACCCAUUCCUGAUGUGUGGGGAGUGGUGAGGGAUCAUUGGGGCUGCGUAUCAAUACUCCAAGUUUCUUCCUCUUGCCUCAUUUUCUCAGUCUGCAUGUAGAAUUGAUUUGUCUCGGUGAAAUUCCAGCUUCAUGUCUGGUCGACCUGAUUCAGUGUGCAUUGCAAUAGAGGAGAGGAGACGAGAAGAAGGUAGGUUUGGAGUGCUGAUGUGUAUUCUGUCUGGAGUUUCUGGAUACGUCUUUACUUUUAAUUUUGCUCUGAGCCCUGUGCCCACUCUGGCAUGAAAUUAGCAUGAGCCAGGGAUCAGACUGGCUCUGACUGACUGACUUAAUAUGGGCAAGUGUGAAACAAAUGACUGUUUGUGUGUGAGUUUGUGUGUGUGAGUGUGUGCUGAUCUUAGUGCAUAAAAAAAACCAAAGGAAACAGAUGCAAUCAAAAUCAGUUUUCUCAUUUCAGGCUGUUAAGAUUGCAGGAAAUUGCUGUAUUUGACAAAUUAGUCCAGGCUAUUUUCAAGGAAUGUGUAACGCUCCACAGGAGAAGUAUUGUUUUAAAUUGUGAUGCGUGAUUUAUUAUUUGUGAAAUCAGCCUUCAGCUCCUCCCUUCAGUCAGCUCAGGUCAAACUCAAGCUGUCUCAAAAUGAAAAACAUUUUUGCACUUACGUCCAAUAAUUUCAAUGGAACAAAUCACCCUAUUUUAGCAUCUGUAUCAGGCAACAGUUUCCCCUCCGGUAUCUGUUGCAGGAGAUAAAUGGAAAUAUGUGUGUAAUCUGAGAAAGUUUUAAAUGGAACCCCAAUGAAAAACACUCUUCAUGCAACACUUUCACUCCAGCCACUUUAACAGAGAAAAUGGAACUGAAAAUCAAAAAUGCAAAUUGUUUAUACAGCUGGGUGGAACAGCUGGCAGAAAUGCUUUCAUGUGUGAUUUAUUCGAUUGUUUUCUUGUGACAUUUCUUUUAAAAAAUGUAUGUACAGUGAGCAAACAUGAUUUGCUAAUUUUGCUUUACACAAUGUACUGAAGCAUAAAUAAAACUAAUUCACAAGA